CCCAGCAGUAUCAGCACUGCUAUUCCCAGACCCCCUGAGAAUUCUCUGGUUAUACUCACUUCUCAUCCCACAGCAUGAGAUUCUCGGCUCUCCUCUUCCUGGCAGCUCUGGCUGGAGCCCUGGUCAAUGCUGAAGGUGCCUCCUCCGAUCCCACCCCGGGGGCUGCGGCCGCUGAACCGAAAGUGACUACAUCUGCAGCAAAACCUGCUUCCCCCCAAGAGCCAGCCCAGGAGCCACACGGUGCCGCCCCAAGUACGGAAGAGCUGAACCCGCUGAAUUUCUUCGUAGCAGGACAUGGCUUAGAAGAAGCAAAAAAAGCACUGCAUAAAGGAGUUCAGUUUGGAAAACGUCUUUAUAAGGGUGGAGCUGACGUGGGACAAAAUCUGAAAAACUUGCGUGCAAAACUCAAUGUAGUUGGAGUCUGAGAAGUUGAAAAGAAUGGGGUCCCUGGACGCAGAGCCUUAAACAUGCAUGCAGCCCAGCACAAUUAAACAGAAGCAUCCAA